AUGUCUGUGGAAAAGAUGAUAUUAGUUGAAGAGAAUUUUCAAAGGGCCCUGGAACUUAAGAAGAUGGUUGACAGGUGGCAAGAUUCACAUACUCACUGUCUGUGGCAGAUGACACUGUGCCAGAGGAGAAACCCAUAUGCCAUUUUAAGGAUACAGGACACCAUGGUACAGGAGUUGGCACUAGCCAACAAGCAACUACUGAUGGUCCGCCAGGCUGCCCUGCACCAGCUGUUUGAAAAGGAGCAUCAGCAGUACCAGCAGGAGCUAAAUCAGAUGGGCAAAGCUUUUUAUGUGGAGAGACUCUGAUGAAUAGAGGGUUACUGUCCCUCUAUUCUCUCCAUGCCUGAUAACCUAGCCUUUUCGAGCCUCUACAGCCUUGAACUUCCUUCCCAAACACACUUUGACUUAGCUGUCUGCCCAGGACUUAAUGACAGUGCUCCCACUCUCAUUCCCAUCUUCACUCACAUCUACCGCCUGCGGCUA